AUGGAGAUAAUCAACGCAAAACACUGCACAUUUUACACCGUCUAUUAUUGCAACGAUGGCUCUGACGAUGAUGAUGAUGAUGAUGAUGAAAAUUCUGAGACCACUCGGGUCGAAGAGCAAGGCCAACAACAACAACAACAACAACAACAUCCAUCUUCACCACCAUCAUCCACAUCGUCACCUCCACCAUCAUCCACAUCAUCACCCCCACCAUCAUCCACAUCAUCACCACCACCAUCAUCCACAUCGUCACCUCCACCAUCAUCCACAUCGUCACCUCCACCAUCAUCCACAUCAUCACCCCCACCAUCAUCCACAUCAUCACCUCCACCAUCAUUCCGUUGUUCCAUCCAAUAA